GCCUGCGUCGCGGAGCAGCUGGGUUCACUCUAGGCUGCCCGCUGCAAAUCCGCGGUGUUUACCAGAAUCCAGGUGGUUUACAAACCCGGAUGUCAGGCUCCUUGUCCCGGAGAUUCUCAAAUCGCUCACCCACAACUCCUCUUCGGCCUCCCCCAGAAAGGAGACAGCAGGGCUGCAAGCUGGAGGAGCGGAGAGUGUGACCCGAGCAGCCUCACUCCGCCUGUCCCCACCCCAAAGGCAGGAAUUUCUGGGAUGGGCAGAUGGCCCACCCCUCCUCCUCCUCCUUCCCCAAGCCGCAGUGGGUGGGGCGAGGAAAACCUCCGCGACUUUCCCGCAUCCCAGCCCAGAGCCCCGAGUGUCGGUUCACUGUGGAGACAGCGGUGGCGGAGUGGGUCUCCAGGGCUCAGGGCUGGCAAGGCCCCCGGAGGGGUGGGGCGCGGAGGAGGCUACGGAUCCGCUUCCGCGCGGCGGGGCCGGGUGCUUGGGACGCGGCUCUGGGCUCCCGGGACGCGGCUCUGGGCUCCCGGGACAAGGGGCUCCCGGCGAGCCCAGUGGUUAGCGAUGCUGCCGUCGCCGUCGCUGCUGCUGCUGCUGCUGCUGCUGCUGGGGGCGCCGCGGGGCUGCGCCGAGGGUGUGGCGGCGGCGCUUACCCCCGAGCGGCUCCUGGAGUGGCAGGAUAAAGGAAUAUUUGUUAUCCAAAGUGAGAGUCUCAAGAAAUGCAUUCAAGCAGGUAAAUCGGUUCUGACCCUGGAGAACUGCAAGCAAGCAAACAAGCACAUGCUGUGGAAAUGGGUUUCAAACCAUGGCCUCUUUAACAUAGGAGGCAGCGGUUGCCUGGGCCUGAAUUUCUCCGCCCCAGAGCAGCCGUUAAGCUUAUAUGAAUGUGACUCCACCCUCGUUUCCUUACGGUGGCGCUGUAACAGGAAGAUGAUCACAGGCCCGCUGCAGUACUCUGUCCAGGUGGCGCAUGACAACACAGUGGUGGCCUCACGGAAGUAUUUUCAUAAGUGGAUUUCUUAUGGGUCAGGUGGUGGAGACAUUUGUGAAUAUCUACACAAAGAUUUGCAUACAAUCAAAGGGAACACCCACGGGAUGCCGUGUAUGUUUCCCUUCCAGUAUAACCAUCAGUGGCAUCAUGAAUGUACCCGUGAAGGUCGGGAAGAUGACUUACUGUGGUGUGCCACGACAAGCCGUUAUGAAAGAGAUGAAAAGUGGGGAUUUUGCCCUGAUCCCACCUCUGCAGAAGUAGGUUGUGAUACUAUUUGGGAGAAGGACCUCAAUUCACACAUUUGCUACCAGUUCAACCUGCUUUCAUCUCUCUCUUGGAGUGAGGCACAUUCUUCAUGCCAGAUGCAAGGAGGUGCGCUGUUAAGUAUUACAGAUGAAACUGAAGAAAACUUCAUAAGGGAGCACAUGAGCAGUAAAACAGUGGAGGUGUGGAUGGGCCUCAGUCAGCUGGAUGAACACGCUGGCUGGCAGUGGUCUGAUGGAACGCCGCUCAACUAUCUGAAUUGGAGCCCAGAGGUAAAUUUUGAGCCAUUUGUUGAAGAUCACUGUGGAACAUUUAGUUCAUUUAUGCCAAGUGCCUGGAGGAGUCGGGAUUGUGAGUCCACCUUGCCAUAUAUAUGUAAAAAAUAUCUAAACCACAUUGAUCAUGAAAUAGUUGAAAAAGAUGCGUGGAAAUAUUAUGCUACCCACUGUGAGCCUGGCUGGAAUCCCUACAAUCGUAAUUGCUACAAACUUCAGAAAGAAGAAAAGACCUGGCAUGAGGCUCUGCGUUCUUGUCAGGCUGAUAACAGUGCGUUAAUAGACAUAACCUCAUUAGCAGAGGUGGAGUUUCUUGUAACCCUCCUUGGAGAUGAAAAUGCAUCAGAAACAUGGAUUGGUUUGAGCAGCAAUAAAAUUCCAGUUUCCUUUGAAUGGUCUAAUGACUCUUCAGUCAUCUUUACUAAUUGGCACACACUUGAGCCCCACAUUUUUCCAAAUAGAAGCCAGCUGUGUGUCUCAGCAGAGCAGUCUGAGGGACACUGGAAAGUCAAAAAUUGUGAAGAAACACUUUUUUACAUUUGUAAAAAAGCGGGCCAUGUCCUCUCUGAUGCUGAAUCAGGAUGUCAAGAGGGAUGGGAGAGACAUGGUGGAUUCUGUUACAAAAUUGACACAGUCCUUCGAAGCUUUGACCAAGCUUCCAGUGGUUAUUACUGUCCUCCUGCACUUGUAACCAUUACAAACAGGUUUGAACAGGCUUUUAUUACCAGUUUGAUCAGUAGUGUGGUAAAAAUGAAGGACAGUUAUUUUUGGAUAGCUCUUCAAGACCAAAAUGAUACGGGAGAAUACACUUGGAAGCCAGUAGGGCAGAAACCCGAGCCGGUGCAGUACACACACUGGAACGCACACCAGCCGCGCUACAGUGGUGGCUGUGUUGCCAUGCGAGGAAGGCAUCCACUUGGUCGCUGGGAAGUGAAGCACUGUCGGCACUUUAAGGCAAUGUCCUUGUGCAAGCAGCCAGUUGAAAAUCAGGAAAAAGCAGAGUAUGAAGAGAGAUGGCCCUUUCACCCCUGCUAUUUGGACUGGGAGUCAGAGCCUGGUCUGGCCAGUUGCUUCAAGGUAUUUCAUAGUGAAAAAGUUCUGAUGAAAAGAACAUGGAGAGAAGCUGAAGCAUUUUGCGAAGAAUUUGGAGCUCAUCUUGCAAGCUUUGCCCAUAUUGAGGAAGAGAAUUUUGUGAAUGAGCUCUUACAUUCAAAAUUUAAUUGGACAGAAGAAAGGCAGUUCUGGAUUGGAUUUAAUAAAAGAAACCCACUGAAUGCCGGCUCAUGGGAGUGGUCUGAUAGAACUCCUGUUGUCUCUUCGUUUUUAGACAACAAUUAUUUUGGAGAAGAUGCAAGAAACUGUGCUGUUUAUAAGGCAAACAAAACAUUGCUGCCCUUACACUGUGCUUCCAAACGUGAAUGGAUAUGCAAAAUCCCAAGAGAUGUGAAACCCAAGAUUCCGUUCUGGUACCAGUACGAUGUACCCUGGCUCUUUUAUCAGGAUGCAGAAUACCUUUUCCAUACCUUUGCCUCAGAAUGGUUGAACUUUGAGUUUGUCUGUAGCUGGCUGCACAGUGAUCUUCUCACAAUUCAUUCUGCGCGUGAGCAAGAAUUCAUCCACAGCAAAAUAAAAGCGCUAUCAAAGUAUGGUGCAAGUUGGUGGAUUGGACUUCAAGAAGAAAGAGCCAAUGAUGAAUUUCGCUGGAGAGAUGGAACACCAGUGAUAUACCAGAACUGGGACACAGGAAGAGAAAGAACUGUGAAUAAUCAGAGCCAGAGAUGUGGCUUUAUUUCUUCUAUAACAGGACUCUGGGGUAGUGAAGAGUGUUCAGUUUCUAUGCCUAGUAUCUGUAAGCGAAAAAAGGUUUGGCUCAUAGAGAAAAAGAAAGAUACACCAAAACAACAUGGAACGUGUCCCAAAGGAUGGCUAUAUUUUAACUAUAAGUGCCUUCUGCUGAAUAUCCCCAAAGACCCAAGCAGUUGGAAGAACUGGCCGCAUGCUCAACAUUUCUGUGCUGAAGAAGGGGGGACCCUGGUCGCCAUUGAAAGUGAGGUGGAGCAAGCUUUCAUUACUAUGAAUCUUUUUGGCCAGACCACCAGUGUGUGGAUAGGUUUACAAAAUGAUGAUUAUGAAACAUGGCUAAAUGGAAAGCCUGUGGUAUAUUCUAACUGGUCUCCAUUUGAUAUAAUAAAUAUUCCAAGUCACAAUACCACUGAAGUUCAGAAACACAUUCCUCUCUGUGCCUUGCUCUCAAGUAAUCCUAAUUUUCAUUUCACUGGAAAAUGGUAUUUUGAAGACUGUGGAAAGGAAGGCUAUGGGUUUGUUUGUGAAAAAAUGCAAGAUACUUCUGGACACGGUGUAAAUACAUCUGAUAUGUAUCCAAUGCCCAAUACCUUAGAAUACGGAAACAGAACUUACAAAAUAAUUAAUGCAAAUAUGACUUGGUAUGCAGCAAUAAAAACCUGCCUGAUGCACGGAGCACAACUGGUCAGCAUCACAGACCAGUAUCACCAGUCCUUCCUCACUGUUGUCCUCAACCGGCUAGGAUAUGCCCACUGGAUUGGACUGUUCACCACAGAUAAUGGUCUUAAUUUUGACUGGUCUGAUGGCACCAAAUCUUCUUUCACUUUUUGGAAAGACGAGGAGUCCUCCCUCCUUGGUGACUGCGUUUUUGCCGACACCAACGGACGCUGGCAUAGCACAGCCUGCGAGUCAUUUCUGCAAGGUGCCAUUUGUCAUGUGCCCCCUGAAACAAGACAAUCUGAACACCCAGAGUUGUGCUCAGAAACAUCUAUUCCCUGGAUAAAAUUUAAAAGUAAUUGCUACAGUCUUUCUACAGUCCUAGACAGUAUGAGUUUUGAGGCUGCUCAUGAAUUUUGCAAAAAGGAAGGUUCUAAUCUUUUAACAAUCAAGGAUGAGGCUGAAAAUGCAUUUCUCCUAGAAGAGCUGUUUGCUUUUGGUUCUUCUGUCCAGAUGGUUUGGUUGAAUGCUCAAUUUGAUGGUAACAAUGAAACCAUAAAGUGGUUUGAUGGAACUCCCACAGACCAGUCAAACUGGGGCAUUCGGAAGCCAGACACAGACUACUUCAAGCCCCAUCAUUGUGUUGCCUUGAGGAUCCCUGAAGGAUUAUGGCAGCUAUCCCCGUGUCAAGAAAAAAGAGGCUUUAUAUGUAAAAUGGAGGCAGAUAUUCGCACUGCAGAGGGGCUGCCAGAAAAAGGACCAAGUCACAGCAUCAUUCCUCUUGCGGUUGUACUGACACUGAUAGUCAUUGUGGCCAUUUGCACACUUUCCUUCUUCAUAUACAAGCAUAACGGUGCCUUCUUCAGGAGACUUGCAGGGUUUCGGAAUCCUUACUAUCCUGCAACCAACUUUAGUACAGUACAUUUAGAAGAAAAUAUUCUCAUUUCUGAUCUUGAGAAGAGUGACCAAUAAUAAUGAGGUCAGAGAAUGCCACAGACACCAGGAAAAAAGUGUACUGAGCAUGGUGGCACGCACCUGUAGUCCCAGCUACUUAGGAGGCUGAGGGAAGAGGAUCAACUGAGCCCAGAAGUUGAAGGCUGCAGUGAGCUAUGGUUGCACCACUGCACCCCUGCCUGGGCAACUGAAUGAGACCCCAACUCAAAAAAGUGCUGUUCUAGAAACAGAGGUACUAAGGUGAGCAACUUGGGGUAAGGGCUAUCUUUUCAUGCCACUUAUUUUCUAAUGAGGGCAAACUGACAGUAACUCAGUAAAGAAAUGCAUAUGCAUAAAAUAGCAAGUGGUUAUGAAAAUGAAGUAAGGUUCCAUGAUAGAGAGAAACUGGGGCACUCUCAGGGCCUCCCUGAGAGUGUGCAUUUUAAUUAUUACAACCAACUGCCUCAAAACCAGUGGCCACUAGUCACAAGGGGGAGCUCUGAGAGAAAGUAUGAAUGAAUUUCUAAGAGGCAAACCAUCAUGAUUAGAAAUACAAUUUGAAGAGCAUACCACUAAGAAUGGAAUCCUUGUGGCCUGCAACAGUUAAUCCAGCUUCCAAAAGCAGCUCUUUGCUACUGUUAUAAUAAUUUACACACUGGGACAGUCUACCUCCAUAAUUUUUUUAAGUAUUGGGACUUCAUUUUUUAAAAGAUAUUAUAUUAUGUGACAGUUGCAUAUUUAUGACUCAAAAAAUAAUUGGCUUGAACUCACCAGAUGGUAUAAAAGCCCAAUUUAACCAUCUUUUGAGUGGAAUUAAAGUUCUGUUCUUUUCAAUGGACUUGGUAAAAACUGCUAAUCAACCAGCCUUCCAGUCAAGGUAUAUAGUCACACAUAAUAAUUUGACAAAAUACACCAUUAGGAAAGUGAUUUUGCAGAAAGAAGCUGUAUUGCUUGUCAGUGCUCCAUACUUUGAUGUUUAGUAUUGAACAACAUCUCCAGAUAAUCUGGACCCAUGGACAGAUCACACACUUCUUGCCAUUACUGAAUUUGCAGAAAUAGUACUGAAGUAUUCUGCUACAUUUUUAUAUUUGCAUUUUUUUUUGAAACUUUUUUUCACUUUUUUUUUUUUUUUUUUUGAGAUGGAGUCUUGCUCUGUUGCCAGGCAGGAGUACAGUGGCAUGAUCUCAGCUCACUGCAACCUUCGACUGCCUGGUUCGAGCAAGUUUCCUGCCUCAGCCUCCCGAGUAGCUGUGAUUAUAGGCACGUGCCACCACGCCCAGCUAAUUUUUGUAUUUUUAGUAGAGACAGGGUUUCACCAUGUUGUCCAGGAUGAUCUAGAUCUCCUGACCUCGUGAUCCACCUGCCCCAGCCUCCCAAAGUGCUAAGAUUACAGGCAUGAGCCACCGCACCUGGCCUCAUCUGUAUUUUUAAUGUGAACUAGAUUUUAUAGCUAUAAUUCGAAAAGAAAAAAAAGUAGCAGGUAAUGGGUAUAUUAUACACUAUUUGCGUGAUGGUUACACCAGACUUUACCACUACAUACUGUAUUUAUGUAACAAAAUUACACUUGUACUCCUUACAUUUAUGCCAAAAAAGCAGCAGGAUCACAAAUUCACACAUAGUUAAUGUGCCCCUCCAACAGUCAAUUAUGUUCUAUGACUAACCUGAGGAUCUUUAUAGACUCUGAGUAAUGGAAAUGCUUGGGUUUUUCCAUUUAACAAUAUAUUGGGCUCUUACAGUUACAACAGUCUUCUUUCGGGAUAAAUAUUUCUUCUCUUGAAGGGUCCACUCCUUAUUAAAGAUAAGAUUAAACUGAAUGUUUACUUAAACAUUCAGUCUUUUUGGAGUUUCUUUACUCUUCUCAAAAUGGUGGUUGGAUAUAUAAGAACUUGCUGUGUCCUGGUAGUGUUGAGGGGAGAAGGUGAUAACUUACUGUGGAUGUAUGUUAGCUGGUGUCCACUGAGAAUAGCUGUCUGGCCUCACUCCUGGGAAUUCUGCUGGCAUCUGCUGCGAAGUCUGCAGUUGCUUUAAUCUGUAGUCUGUUCUCUUUGAUUUGGCCUCAUUCUGGCUGUCCCUGGUACUGUCUUAUCUCUUGAGAACUGGCUGUGUCUCCUGUUGAAUUUCCUAUCUGAACACUGCAGUUCUUGGCUACAAGGCAGUCACUUCACCCCUGCAGUGGUGAGAUCCCAUUAGCUACCAUUAGCUACUCUUUCGUCCAGAAAGGCGAAAUGCCAUAGCAAACAAUCCCACAGUCUUGGUGGAUUAACACAGCAAAGGUUUAUUUCUCACCCACACCUGCAUGGGCUGGCAAGAGGACUUUGCUCUGUUCAGUCAUUCAUGGGUCCAUGCUCCUCCUAUAUAGCCAGCCCUCUGUCUCCUAAGGCCUGGAGUCCUCCAUGGGCCUCCAAUCUGUGGCUGACAGAGGAUGUUGACUUGAGACCCAUCUUUGAUUCAUUAUGGAGCUUCCACAGGCUGUUGAAAUACAUCCUCUAAGUCAAAAGUCCUCAAACUGGGGACACAUGCCUAAGGAAUACAGGAGCAUGGGUAUUUAAGAAACUUAAUUUCCAGAAUCUUCAUGUAUAUUUUUUCUUAAAACUGAUUUACCUGAGAGCACCCCUGGUUCUUCUUUCCCACCUCUCUUUACACAAAUGCCUUUCUCUACGUUUAAAAAGAAAAAGAAAAAGAAAUGGCUUUCAUUUCAGAUCUUACUAUGGGAAAAUCCUCCAUGGCUCCAAAGAAAAAUAUUCGAAGUAUUGAUGUCAGUGAAGCUUCUUUUAAUAAAGAAAUUGUAAACUCA